AUGCUGGUCUAUGUGACAUGCACAGAUGAAGAGGUGCAUAAGUAUGGGAUUCUUGAAAUGAAUGAAGAGAAUAAGGUGGUUGGAUUCCUUGAAAAACCCCAGCCUUCAGAGACCUUGUCUAGGAAAGAGUGCCCAUGUUUUUAUUUCUUGUCAUCCAAGUGUCUUCCACUGCUGUCUCAGUUCUUAGUGGAGAAGAAGGAUUUGCCAUUGAAGGCCAGAGAUGCAACUGGAAACUUUAUUGCUUAUUUAUACCAAAGAGCUCCAGUAUACGCCACGGAGAUUUCUGGACGUUUUGAUGUUGGUGGACUCCAAUCCUUCCUCAUUUGCCAAGAGCAUUUCCAGAAAAAAGCCGAGACUGAAUUUUAGGAUGAUAGGUAAUGGUAAUGUCUCUUUUA